AUGCCUUCAAUAGCCACGCCGCCUCUUUCGUCUCUGCUCUCAUGGCGCACUCUCGCGGUCCUCUUCGCCCUGGUUAAUCUCAAAUCGCUGCCUUUAGCCUGGCACGCGCGCCUGUUCUACCGCACGUUCACGAACUGGUACACACAUGCGCGGGUGCAGCGCAGCUUGGAAUCGCAGUCGAACUCCUCUUUCUCGGUGCACCCUCUUUUUCAGCCUGUGUCCAUAUUCACCCGCUCCCCGCUCCUCGAGACAGACUACAACCUGCACAAAUCGAACAGCACCUACUUCAUCGACCUGGACGAGAGUCGGACGGUGCUCAUGACGAAGCUCCUGAUCCCGGGCUUGAAACAAGGGAAUAAGAACCUCGAGCGCGAAGGCCACCGGGGUCCCCUGAGCGUCAUCUUGGGCAGCGUCCACACGUCCUUCCACAAGGAGAUCAAGCCGUACGAGCGUUACGAGGUCCGCUCGAGGAUACUUGCGUGGGAUAAUAAGUGGAUUGUGGUGGGGAGUUGGUUCAUCCGGCCUGCGUCGCGGAGGGGGCAACACGAAGUCAUCUUGGCUUCGGCGCUGAGUAAGUACGUGGUGAAGAAGGGCAAAUUUACCGUUUCUCCAGAAAGAUGCUUUGUCACUGCGGGAUGGCUGCCGCGCAGGCCGGCGAACUGCAACGACCUUCCUCCCACCGACACCGAAAACACGACCACCACAACCACAACCAACCCAUCCUCUGAACCAUCGCUAAUACCCACGCCUCAAGAAGGCUCUUUUGCAGCCCCGAUCCCAGCAUCCACAACGCUGCAAAACACGGACAACAUCGUGGCAAAGCUCGAGACGGCCGCGGCAAUGACCGGCGCGGCGGCCAUCUCGUCCUCCUUGGAGCCCCUCGCACCGCUCACGGCCCGCGCUGGCGGCGACGAGUGGGAUUGGCACCGGAUCGAGAUGGAGCGGAUCCGCGGGCUGCAGGUCGCGCAGAACUGGCUGUCGUUGGACAAGGAGCUGAUGCACGAGUUCGUCAAGGGAUAG